AACUUUUAGAAAUAAAUCUCACAAGGAACGACUUUGAAUUCAAUGGUGACUUCUAUUUACAAAUCAAGGGGACAGCCAUGGGGAAAAAGUUUGCCCCAGCAUAUGCAAAUAUCUUCAUGGCAGAGUGGGAGACUGCUGCGUUAGAUAAAUGCACCAAGAAGCCUCUGUAUUAUUAUCGCUUCCUGGAUGACAUAUGGGGUGUCUGGCCACAUUCUGAGCAGGAUUUUGAGAUGUUUCUUAAGACCUUAAAUGACCACAAUGCCUCUAUUAAGCUUAAGUCGACCAUUAGUAAGACCUCUAUUGAUUUUCUGGACACGACCACCUUCAAGGGCCCAAAUUUCAUUAAUGACCGUAAAUUGGAUAUAAAGGUCUUUUUCAAACCCACGGACACUCAUGCCCUGCUAUUUAAAACCAGCUUUCAUCCUAAACACACAUUUGCGGGAAUAGUCAAAUCCCAACUGUUAAGGUUCCACAAAAUUUGUACACAAAAGUCUGAUUUUGGAGCGGCUGUUAAGACCCUGUUCUCUGCUCUCUCCACUAGGGGGUACUGUUGGUCCUUCCUAAGGAGGUGCUUUAAGUCCUUUCUGCAUACAAAACCAAUUGAUGUUUCCCCUCUGCUUCCAGUGGUCAUUACAUAUGCUCCUUGCACCUGCAAACUAGUCAGGGCUAUUAAGAACAAUUUCCAGAGUCUGGCUCAGAAUGUACAGACACUUCACAACCACAGGGUAAUUGCUGCCUUCAGGAGACAUAAGAAUCUAGGUGAUCUCCUCAUCAGAGCCCAAAUCUCGCCUCCCUCUGUGCCUAGGCGCAGAGAUCAGGGGCAAUUUUUCCAGCAUCGCAGGUUGGUGCGCAGCCAUUCCAAUGGUGAUGUUUUUCUGUCAUUGUGCAAAGGAACCCCGAGGUCCAAAAAUUGUGUAUAUCUGAUUACAUGUAAGAGGUGUGGAAUGCAGUAUGUGGGAGAAACAGGAAACACGCUGCUGACUAGAUUCACUCAACACAGUGACGGCCAUCCAGGUUAACUCGAGAUGGACAACGCAGCAGAGGAGGAGAGCUGAGAGGAUGUGGAUGGCCAAACUGGAUACAGUUUAUCCAAAGGGCCUGAAUGAAAAGGGUUUCAGGAGAAAUUGAUCCCACGGUUUGUAUAUAGUUAAUGUUUCAUUGCUCUUAAUUGUCAUCAUUAUUAUUGUUAUUAUUGUCACUUGCACUGGGUAUCUCAGCUCCUUUCAUGACUCACUGGGGGACAUCCUGCCCCUGAAGCUGACCCUAACCCUAACCUCAGUGACCCCUGUAAUAAACUGGACUCCGGCCCUAACCUUAACCACUCUGCUUUCUGAACACAAAAUCCAAUUCCGGACCUAACCUUAACCACUCGGACACCUAGUGGGAGAGGAGGACUGGGCAUACCCCCACCCCUGUGAUGGGCCCUAACCUUAACCUCCCCCCUCUCCUCUUUACCCCUCCUCCCCUCACCCCUCACUUCUUCAACCCCAUCCAUGGGACCCCGCCUGGAGCUUCGCUGGGGGUCUCUGGAGACCUGAGAUGGGCGCAGGUAUGGUCUGUGCACCGGAGCC